GCUUUUAGACUUCCUUAUAGUUCUUCAAGCUGAAGCCAUGGGUCUUAAAGUAGGCUUAAUGUGGGCCAAAAGACUUCAUCAUCUACAGCAGCUCCAAGUCGAAGGUGAUUCUUUCCUUCUCGUACAAACGAUCCGCUAAAUGUCAAAGUUCCUCGGCGCAUUUCUACUCUUGUACAAGAUAUCCAUCCUCUUAGAAACUCCUUCCAAGUCACCACUUAAUCAUGUCUUCAGGGAAGCUAAUUUGGUCGCAGAUAAUUUUGCUAUCUCAGGACAAAGAUACUCUCAAAGUUGUAUUUGGUUUAACAAUUUUCCUACUGAUUCUCCAAAACUUUUCCACCAGAAUCUUUUGCAAGAUGAACCCCCGAUCGAACGAGAAAAUCCCCACCGUGGCACCACUCUACCUCCGCCGGCCGAAAAUGAAAGAAUCGGUGGAAGCCGUGGAGCGGAUCCUAGACUAUGACUUCAAGAACAAGAGGCUUCUAGAGGAAGCUCUCACCCACCCCUCCUGCCGCAUAAGCGACGCCGCCGUUUCGUAUCAGCGGCUCGCGUUCCUCGGCGACACCGUUCUUGACCUCGCUGUAAGUAAAUACCUCUUCCUUGCUUACCCUGGAAUUCACCAAGGUGACCUCACUGAGCUACGCUCCGCUAACGUCAGCACCAAGAAGUUCGCACGUGUGGCUGUGAGACAUGGGCUUUAUACCUACCUUCGCCGCACUGCAACUGGUGUUCUCGAUGAUCAGGUUCGGGAGUUUACUGAAGCUGUAAGACGAGGAGAGGAGUCUGUAGAAGCCUGUAAAGUUCUUGCAGAUAUUGUGGAGUCUGUGGCUGGUGCUAUUUAUGUUGACUUGAAUUUUGAUCUGGAACAACUUUGGAUGAAAUUUAAGCAUGUUUUGGAGCCUAUAGUUACUCUUGAAGAGUUGCAGCAACAACCUCAUCUUGUGACAGAGUUGCGUCAACUUUGCCAGAAGCAGGGGAAGCAUGUCAGUAUCGAGUGCAGGAGAGAUAAGAUGAAGAGUAAUAUUGAUGGGAAGUGUGUUGCCUUGGGUUCGGCUGAACAGAAAGAAAUUGCUAAGGUCAAUGCUGCUGAGCUGGCUCUGAGUAAGUUGAUGCAAUCGAUAUGCAUAAAUGAUGUGUCAGUUGAAGAUAUUGCUGGAAUUUAUGGGUUUUCUGCUGUUGAAAGAGCAAAAUAUGAGUUGCAUAAGCUUUGUGCCAAGAAGAAGUGGCCUAAACCAAUUUACACCAUUGAGCAUGAAGAAGGUCCUCCGCAUGAUAAGAUGUAUCAAUGGAGGGUAACUAUAGGUGUGGUAUAUAUGACGGGAGAUGCAAAGUCAACAGUAAAAGAUGCCAAGAAUUCUGCAGCUUCUUCAAUGAUCCGCUCUUUGCAAGACCCUAAAAAUGUACGUAUGAAACGCCCACGUGCCUGAAACGCAGCAGUUUUCUAAAACUAGUAUUUGAUAUAUUACCAUAUGCGUUUCAGGCACAUAGGUCUUUACAACUCCUUUAGGUUAUUUUGAAUUAAGUUUUGAAGUCCGAAGUCUAUAUAAGGCUCUCAAGUUGUUUUAGUUUGGCAUCAGAAAAUUGAGAGAGAAACACUAUCUCAAAGAGCAAGAAAUCCAAAGAAGUUGUGUACUUUAUCCUUCUCAUAGAGUACGUGUGUAAUGUGCUUUAUCUUCCAAGUAAGUAUUUGUAAUCAUAAUUAUGAGUAACCAAACAGCCUUUAGCUAUUUACCCAAGAGUGAAGGCUUUGGGUUUUAGUUUGUAUAAAUAUUUGAAUAAAAAAUUCAUGGUGCUCAUUCACUUCGUCAA